AUGGCUUCAAAUGUUGAAUCUUUUACAUGUUUGUGGCUAGAUAAAUAUGUCAAUAAGACAGAAGAUAACAUUGAUACACAAGAAGAACUUCGUCAAAUAAUAAAUGAUGUUCGAACAUUUGAUAAUAGUGAUGCAUGUGAACAAUAUAUUCGAAAAGUUACUGAAGAAAAGAUUGUUCUUAUUGUAUCAGGUGGAUUAGGUCGAGAAAUUGUACCUCGACUUCAUGAUCUUCCACAAUUUUCUGCAUGCUAUGUUUUUUGUAAAGAUAAAAAAGCCAAUGAAGAAUGGGCAAAGAAAUAUAACAAAAUCAAUGGUGUUUUUGUACAACGUCAUCAUCUUAUUACUCAAAUCACUGAAGAUCAUAUUAAUAGAACAAAAACUGAAGAUGGUAUUUCAGUUUCUGUCAUCAGUUCUAAAUCUCAAAAUCUUCAAGCUCGUAAUGCUAGUUUUAUGUGGUUUCAAUUAUUUAUUGAAGUUCUUCUUCGUAUGCAUCAUAAAUCGAGUGAUCGUAAAGAACUUAUUGAUAUAUGUAAAAAAUCCUAUGGUGCUAAUCAUAAACAAAUGGAAAUUAUUCAUGAAUUCGAACAGACAUAUAAUAGUGACAAAGCAAUUUGGUGGUAUACACAUGAUUCUUGUUUUUAUCGAAUGAUGAAUAAAGCAUUACGUAUUCAAAAUUAUAAUACAUUAUUUGCUUUUCGAUUUUUUAUUACAGAUAUUGCAAAACAAAUAAAAUAUGAAUAUGAAAAUUUUAUUCGUACAAAUGUUAAUCGAAAUAUAAUUCGAGUUUAUCGUGGACAAAUAAUUAGUAUUGAUGAACUUGAAUUAAUGAAAAAUAACAUCAAUGAAUUUUUGUCUAUGAAUUCAUUUCUAUCAACAAGUCGUAAUCGAACAACUGCACUUGAAUUUACACGAGUUUCUCGUAGACGAGAUAAUAUGCGAGCAAUUCUUUUUGAAAUUGAUAUUAAUCCUCGAUUACGUACAAAAGCUUUUGCUGCUAUUGAUAAAAUAAGUUAUUAUAAACAUGAAAAUGAAAUAUUAAUUAUGCUUGGUGCAUUAUUUCGUAUUGAAAAUAUAUUUGAAAAUGAAAAAGAAAAAUUAUGGAUAGCUCAUGUAUCUUUAGCAAGUGAAGAUGAUUAUCAUUUAAAAGAAAUAUUUACUCAUAUGAAAGGAAAGAUUGGUGAUGAUACGAAUUUGGAUUCUCUUGGUAAACUUUUACUUCGAAUGGAUGAAAAUGAACAAGCACGAAAAUGUUAUAAACGAAUGUUAGAAGAAACUCAACUUGCUGUUGGUGAUGCUCAAUUAGGUCUUGGAUGGGCAUCUCUUCGAUGCAAGAAUUUUGAUGAAAGUUUAGAACAUUUUGAAGAAUCUUUACAAAUACGACAACGUAUUUUAGGAGAAAAUCAUCCGAGUGUUGGAGAGAGUUACAGUUUUCUUGGUGAAGCUUAUCGAAGUAAACAUAAUUUUGAAAAAGCUUUAAUUUAUUUGACAAAAGCGAUGAAAAUUCAAGAAAAUUCACUUCCUGCUGAUUCUCUUGAUCUUGCUGCAACUUAUGAUACCAUAGCUAAUACAUAUACUUCUCUCGAAAACUAUAGUAUUGCAUUAGAAUAUUAUGGUAAAGCUCUCAAAAUUCGACAAGCAAAAUUACCAUCUGAUCAUCCUCAAAUUGCUGCAAUAUACAACAAUAUUGGUUGGUUACAUGAACGUGAAAAAAAUUAUGCAAAAGCAUUGGAUUGUUAUCAGAAAGCUCUUGAAAUAAGUCGUAAAACUUUACCGCCAACACAUCAUCAUGUUACUGGAGCAGAAGAAAAUAUUCAAAGAUUGAAAAAAACAAUGGAACAAUAA